AUGCAGCAAGUUGUGCAACCCAGAUCUUCUAAUGGAUUUGGCCGUCGUAAAGUUGAAAGAGAUGCAGGAUCUAGGUUUGAUAGUAAAUUUCAAUCUGGAAAAACAAAUUCUAGCUGGACCAGUUUUGGUAAAGGAGGGGGGCUUGAAUCUCCUUCAGGUGAUCGUUUAAUAUAUGUUACUACAUGCCUCAUUGGACAACAAGUUGAAGUUCAGGUGCAGGAUGGAUCUGUUAUUUCUGGAGUAUUUCAUGCGACAAAUGCAGAGGAUUUUGGAAUUGUUCUGAAAAUGGCUCAUGUAAUUAAAGAUGGUUCUCAAGGACAGAAGAGUGUUUCAGAUUGUCCAAGCAAGCAUCCUGCUAGGACUUUUAUUGUACCAGCUAAGGAUCUUGUACAAGUGAUAGCAAAGGAAGUGUCUUUAUCGAGGGAUGGAUUAACAAAUGAGCUCCAGAAUGAAAGGCAGCAAGAGCUUAUGACAGAUUCCUGCAUAUCACAAUCUCGACAUGUAGAAGUGGGGAGAGAAUUGGAGCCUUGGGUCCCUGAUGAAAAUGAUCCCGGUUGUCCGGAGUUGGAUAACAUCUUCGAUGGGCAUUGGAAUAGAGGCUGGGAUCAGUUUGAAGCAAAUGCCACAUUAUUUGGAGUUAAGAGUACCUUCAAUGAGGAACUUUACACAACAAAGCUUGAGAGAGGCCCUCAGAUGAGAGAAUUGGAAAGGGAAGCUACAAGGUUAGCCAGAGAGAUUGAGGGUGAGGAAACUCUUGAUCUUCAUUUAGCUGAGGAGAGAGGUAUUCAACUUGAAAAUCUUGAAAUUGAUGAAGAAACUCGGUUCUCCUCUGUCCGACGGAAAGUCGAUGAUAGUGGUUAUGAUGAGAUUGAGAACAUUUUGCUGGAUUCUCGGAAUGAUGAAACAUUUGGAGAUGCCUCCAGUGCCGUUGUUGGCAAACCUCUAAUAGACACGAUUAUGGGGAAAACCAAAGAUGGAACUCAAACAUCAUCAAGAUCUUCAUUGAUGGGAGAAAUGCCAACUUCUUUAGCUGAGAAGAUCAGGGACUCCUAUCGUUCAGAUUCUGAGUAUCAUGGUCAAAAGCUGUUAACCGAUCAGCUUUCUAAUCAAUCUCUGAGUGAUGCAAGCAGGGAUCAUGAUAACCAAUCUGUUGGGCAUGCAGAAAGUAGUUGCAGGGGGGAAAAGGAAAAGUUGGUCAGUAUAUGCUUACUCCUUGGAACAGAUUCAGAUUCAUUGCUGAGAUUAAAGAAGGAAAGCUCUGAUAAAGUUUCCUUGUCUCCAAAUGCCACUGCAUUUGAUCCCGAAAUUGCAUCUAAAGGUCAGGAAAAGGCAAGCUCUAUUAAUGAGCCUUCAGAGAGUACAUUGCUGCCAAAAACUUCAGUGACAGUUGGUUCUCUUACCCGGCCUGGUAGUUCCGCCUCUUCUACAUCCGACCGUGGGGGUCCCACUUCCACUUCUGCUGGCCGAGGAUUGUCCUCUAGCUCGUCUGUCGGUUCAUUGUCCUCAGAGAAGUCUACCCUCAACCCACAUGCUAAGGAGUUUAAAUUAAACCCGAAUGCGAAAAGUUUUGUCCCAUCUCAUGCACCUGUGAGGCCUUCUUCUCCUGUUGCUGAUGGUUCUUUCUAUUAUCCAGCUAAUGUGCCAUCUAUGACACAGAUGCAUGUAAUGCCUGUUGGUAUUGGGAUGGGACCUUCUUUCGCGCCACAACAGCCUGUGGUAUUCAAUCCACAGGCUCCAAUGCCACAGCCGUAUUAUCAUCCAAACGGACCUCAGUAUGGGCAGCAGAUGAUAAUGGGGCAGCCUCGGCCAGUUUUUUACAUGCCAGCAUAUCCCACUGAAAUGCCUUACAAAGGGAGGGAUUUUUGA